CCCUCUCUAACCCGAUCAAAGAUACGUGUCAAUGUCGAGGAGCUCCAAAGCUCAAGUCCCUCUCCUCAGCUCAAGUCUCCCCUCUAUAUCUCCAUUUACACACCAUGGCAUCGGGCCACGCCACCGUCAAGGCCGUCCUGUCGGGCGACACGCUGGUGCUUAUCGGCGCGGCUACCAAUGGGCCUCCCCCGGAGCUCAUGCUGACGCUGUCAUCACUCCAAGCACCGCGUCUGGCGCGUUCCCCGGAGCAGAGCAAUGAGCCGUACGCGUGGGCGAGUCGCGAGCACCUGCGCAAGUUGUGCAUCGGCAAGCAGGUGCGCUUCAAAGUGGAAUAUCGCGUCCCGGCCAUCAACCGCGACUUCGGCUCCGUGUGGCUUCCCCCCAAUGCGCGCGGCGUGGAGGAAAAUCUAUGCGUCAUCCAGGCGCGUACGGGCUACGCACGCGUCAAGACGCUCGAGCAGUCGCGGGAUGGCGUGUGUGUGGACCACGAGAAGAUGCUGCAGCAGGAGCAGGUGGCGAUUAAUGAGAAGAAGGGGAUGUACGCUGACGCAGACGCCGAAUCCAAUGCCACAGUCCAGUGGCACGGCGCCGACUCCGCCGCGUUGCUACAGGAACACAAGGGCAAGCUGGUUCCAGCCGUUGUAGAGGCUGUUCGGGACGGAGCCUCGUUGCGUGUGAUCCUCAAGCCUUCGCUGCAACUGGUCAACCUUGGUCUGUCCGGAGUACAAUGUCCCCGACUCAACCCGCCUGUCAACGCUGCAGAAUCAGAGGAGCCUGUUCCGACUGGACCGGCGCCUCAUGCACGCGAAGCCAAACACUUUACAGAGGUGCGACUGUUGCACCGUGACGUGGAGCUGAAGCUCGAAGGCGUGGACAAGUACGGCAACUUGUUCGGCAGUGUCGUGCAUCCCUCUGGUCGUAAUAUUAGUGUGGAGCUGCUGAAGAAUGGGCUGGGACGGAUGGCCGACUGGAGCUCGGCAUUCACUAGCGCGUCAGCUCGUGCUACGAUGCGCAACGCUGAGAAGGAGGCCAAGCAGCAGAAGCUGCGAGUGUGGAAGGAGUACGAGGCUCCUGUUCUGCAGUCUGACAAGCACAUGACGGGUACUGUAGUGGAGGUUAUCAGUGGUGACUGUCUGGUCGUGUACGUGCCCGAUGCUGCGACUCCAGCGGAGCAAGAGAAGCGAAUUUACUUGAGUUCAUUGCGUGCUCCUCGUCUGGGUAAUGCUCGUCGUGGCGAGCCCAACGCUCCGUACGCUGCUGAAGCCAAGGAGUUUCUGCGUCAUCGUGCGAUUGCCAAAACUGUGCACCUUGAAGUGGAGUACGAGAAGCCCAGUCCUUCCGGCCAGGGCGACGUCAUGACCUUCGCCUCCGUGUUUUUGGAGCCGUCGGCUAAUGCUUUGAAGAAGAACCCGCAGGCCAAGGGCGCUAACUUGGCUAUCGACGUUGUGGCUGCUGGACUGGCUGAGGUGGUGCGUCAUCGUCCGGAUGAAGAGAAGAGCGAAUACUACGACGACCUCGUGACGGCGGAGACGAAGGCUCAGACUCAGAAGAAGAACCUGCACUCGUCGAAGGAACCUCCUGCCACUGAGCGUCGUGUGACUGACUUGUGCUUUGAUGCGACCAAGGCCAAGCAGUUUUUGCCGUUCUUGACGCGUGAACGUUCCACUCGUGCUGUAGUGGAGCACGUGUACUCGGCUACGCGUGUGAAGCUGUUUGUGCCCAAGGAGAACUGUCUUAUCAACUUCGUGGUGGCCGGUAUCAAGUGUCCGCAGCCUGCUCGUCACGGUGCUCAGGGUGUGAUCGUACAGCCGGCUGAGCCUCUUGGAGAGGAGGCCAAAUUGUUCACUAAGCGCAGUGUGAUGCAGCGCGAAGUGAUGGUCGAGAUCGAGGACAUGGAUCGUGGUGGUAACGCCUUCGGUCCUCUGUUCGUGGUGCCCAAUGGUGGUGGCAAACCUCUGCGUGACGACCAGCACAACUUCGGUGUACGUUUGUUAGAAGAGGGUCUGGCUUGGGUGGAUUCGUUCAGCGUGGAGCGUACAGCUCUUGGCAACGUGCUUCAACGAGCUGAGGAACGCGCCAAGGCCCAGAAGAAGAAGUACUGGGCUACUCACGAUGCUCAGGCUGCAGCCAAGGCAGCUCAGACGAAGCAGGUCAAGACAAAGGAUGAUGUGAUCCCUCGUGUCAAGCUGUCGGAGAUCGUCAACGGUACGCACUUCUACAUCCAGAACAUGGGCGACCGUAACUGUGCUGCGGUGGAGGAGAAAAUGAAGGCUUUCACACGUACUCACGGCCUCGCUGGCAAGGCGUUCGAAGUGCGUCGCAACGCUGUGUGUGCUGCUCUGUUCGACGACGGCAACGGAUCUGCAUGGAACCGUGCCAAGGUGGAGUAUGUGCAUCCGGACGGCUCUGCUCGUGUCCGCUUCCUGGAUUACGGUAACGAGACCACGGUGACGCCUAACCGUCUCCGUCCGCUGGAUGCCGACGUGCUGCAGUUCCCACCUCAAGCCAAGGAGGCAGUGUUCGCCUGGAUCAAACCACUUGCUGCCACUGAAGAGUUCGGAGCCGACGCUGCCAUGCGUCUCGGUGAAGUCGCGUGGGGCAAGACGCUGUCGUGUCGUAUCCACAGCACAGAUGACCAUGGCCGCAUGCAGGUGUCGCUCUACCUGCCAGACGGCAAGAGUGUGGCUGAGAACUUGGUGGAGGCCGGACUGCUGCGUACCGACCGCAAGGCGCUUCGCUCGUUCCAGGUCUUCCAGAAACCGGUGGUUGAUGGACUUCUCAACGCUCAGGAGACCGCCAAGAAGCAACGUCGUUGUCUGUGGCAGUACGGUGACAUUGAGUCUGACGACGAGCACGGCCUGUAAGGAAGUGAGACUGAAUCAUAGGAGCUCGUAGCACUUUGAAAUGCAACUAAAAUGUAAAAAAAAUUCAACGUUCUCGACGUGAUAUCAACAGAUGACGUCGCUUACUCGA